UGUGCUCCAGAUUCACUAACUUACACUUCAUUGGGCUUUUAUUCUGAUGAGUUAACCUGGUGGAUCCACGGGAUGGAAUGCCAUUACUGGACAGUGCGCAUAGUUGAAAAGAUUUAUAAAGGAAGCAAAUGGACCUAGAAAUUUAUUUAUUGUCUUUAUUCUUCCUGUGCAUUAUGAAGGGCAAACAUAACAUUAAAGAUGGUGAAACGAUUAUUAUUGGAUUAACUCAUAUGGUUGGUCCUUCGAUACGAAAGACACAUAGGUAUCUUUCCCUAUUUUGAUUGGUUUAUUGAUCACUUCACAAGUCAUUUGUGUUCUACCCAUGUUUUAGCCACUUCUAUCGGUGUAUUUCUUUACUUUAGAAAUGUGGCUAAUUAAUUGUGUUCUUAGCCUUUUUGUUAAGAUACUGCUUCAUUGCUUUGCUCUACUCAGCCCACCAAAAACGAACUUAUACUUCAGAUUCAUUUACACUUUUCACCAAACAAACAAUUUUAUAACUGGGCAGUGUAGACUGGGAGUUGACAUCUUUGACAUAUACAGUUUCAUUUGUCUUUGGUAUCCAAAGAUAUUUGACUAUAACGAGAUCAUUUAUAGUUCUUCAAAUUCUCAAAGCCUGUCACUAGUAUGUGCUUUGAAAAAUUUGAAGCAUAUUGAAAGAAGUUUUAUUUCGAUGAUUCCUGAGCACUUAUUAUCCUGAGGCAUGGGCAAAGGUUG